AUCGAGCGAGCGCCACCAGUAGAUCUGUCGAAGUCCGUGUUUGAAUCGUCGCUAAAGCUGGAUCUGUUAACAGAAACACAAGCAAGACUAGAAUCAUCACCAUCGCUGAACCGAUUGAUUGGAUACGGAUUCUGCAGUUUCCCGCAAGCGACACAAUUUCUCCCUGAUCAUUUUUGUUUUGACCUCGUGGACGAACGACGCGCGGUAGCGGUGGUGGUUGGAUUCAGCCAAAAGUUCAACUAAAAUGCUGGUCUCAUUUCGCUGUGCGAAGCAUUGCUUCGUUGUAUUAAAAUUGCUCCUUUAACGUGCUUUAACGUUCCAUAGACGCUCACCGAAAACCUAAACUACUGAAAAAUAUCACAACUAAAGACUCUAAAUGAUACAAGUUUAUUAGUGUUGCCUAAAUGGGUGUCCAUUUUGUCGAUAUACAUAAGUAUAUACGAGAAUGUGCGCGUAAUUAUAUCAAAUACUGGCGUUUUUCGUUUCAGGCGUGAACAAAUUGAAAUACAUAGUCGGAUCAAUUAAUAAGUACAUUUUAAUUCAAGCAAAUCUGAUUAAAAAUUUAACAAAUAUUCCACGAUAAUAAAUAUGUGUUUACAGUGAGUGAGCAUUUAUAGUUUGAGAAACUAGCUGAAACGUCAUUAAAAUCACGCUCUUACUAACUGGCCGAGCUCACAACGACAGCGUCAACAACUCAACAGCAAAAAGGAAAAACAAUAACAACCAUAAAAAAACAAAAAAAGUGGGCAGAAGUGAACUUAUCAUAUUAAUAAAUACAGUGUUGAAUAAGUAAUACAAAGCUAAAAAGUUAAACACACAUGAGUAGUGAACAAGAUUACGCUUGUGGCAUUGUAUAGGAAAAUCACCAUACAUCGCACACCAAUUCGACUAGCGACUGUAUCGAAUUGUUAACAAAACGAAAAACCUAUUUCAGAAAGUAAUCGAGUGUUGUGCGAAUCGGCAUAAUUUAAGAAAUACGCCAUUUUCUGAGAACGUAAUUUGCUUAUUAUUUUCCAAAAAUGAUCAUAUUACCAGUCAAAAAAUACUAAAAACAAGUAAAAACGUGGUACAAUUAAAGUAGAAAAUAAAGUUCAUAUAUUCAAUAAAGUGCACAUAAAUUAAUCUGAAUAUUCGUUUCAUACUGUCGGACAUCGAACGAAAACAGUCAAAGCACCAUGAAGAAUUUGAGCAUUUGACUAGACGCGAUAAGCGCAACAACAAAGCCGAUAGAAAGCUGGAGUGCUGCCUGAUUAAACUGAUAAAUUGCUGCGAACGCGAACAGUGAGAAAUCCACACGAACAAUUAUACUUGAGAAUAAACUACACAAACAGAGUUUUUAACUUUUUCGAUCGCGAAAACAAAUCUUUGCCUUUCAAUAAAUGGAGAAGCCUAACCACAAAGAACUCCGAUUCCAUUCCAAUGAGCACCAAGUGAGUUACAUGUAUCUGAUAAACAAAAUGCUGCUGAAAAUCGAAAAUACCCUACUUCGAAGCCAUCGUCAACGUGAGACAACAGGAAUAAAGGAGCUGUACAAUUCCUUUUUCGUGUUAUUUUAAACAAUUUAGCUGUGAAGCUUGCAAAUUGUUUCACUAAAACAGCCUUCAGUGUCAAAGUAAAAUAUUUAGUCAACUAGUUCGUGUUACAAAUCUAUAUUCAUUUUAUCGAUAUUAAGGAGUUCAAUAUAAAAUAGUAAAUAAAAUAACAGUAGAAAUUAGCGUAAAGAAGCAUACGGUUAUUAGUAAAAUCAAAGUGUAAAUAGCUUCCCUGAAUGUGGAAAAUAAAUAUUGCAAGGUCCCUGUACCUCAAACUCUUAAAAAUUUAAAAAAUAUGUGCUUAUAGUACAUAUAUUCUGAAACCCGCCACUAUUUUGCUACAUCAACUUCAUUAGGAAGAUCUAAAGACAACUUCCUUGGUUGUCUUCCAAAAUUCUAAACUAACAAAUCGCGUCGGAAAGAAAUAAUAACAACGUAUGUAUGUAAGUGAAAACAUUUGUUCCGGGACUUUAUUAUUAAAUAUUGGUAAUUGAACACAAAUAUUGCGUUUUAAUCGAUCGUGUGAGUGCGUGUAUUAAAUCCUUGGCAUAUUUACAAAACCGAAUGGCGCUUUCGCUGCUUUCGCAACAUCACCAGCAGCCAAAUUACUUCGAUUUGCAAACAUUGUUUGAUGCAUAUCCAUUACAACAACACCAACAACAAAACCCCCAAUACCCCUAUAAUUAUCACCAACAACAAGAUUUGCAACUCCAGCAGCAACAACAGUACAAUCACCAAUUGCAUAUAGAGCAGCAGCAGCAAUUACAACAUUUGCCGGCGCACAAAAGCUCAGGAAUCAACGAUUCGACUUUGAAAGCCGAUCCGACAACAGAACCAAUGAGCUUUUGUUCAGAUCAAAUGGAAUACCCCGCCAGUAAUCUUCAUCAGAAUCAUAAUCAUUAUCAGCAGCAGCAAAGUAGAAAUAGUGACGAAAACAUUAACCAUAUCAUUAACACCAAUAUUAAUGGCAGUAUCGGCAAUAACAGAAAGACCAGCAACAUUACGCAUAAUAACAACAAUAGCCCGAUAUUAAACAAAACAAACCGUUAUUACGUGAACGGCUAUUCACAACAUCAAGUGACAUCAGAUUAUGUCAUCACUUUCGUAGAUUCUCCACCGAAUUCCGAGGAAUCUUGGACUGACGAGAACACGAAAGAAUCCCCUGGACCUCAAAUAAUCGACGUGCAAACAAUUUACUCAAAUAGUGGAUCGCGAAAGAGACGAAUGGAUUGGGACUCAUUGGACAUUGGUCAAAGUGGAAACACAACUACUACACAGUCUGGAGAAUUAGCUUCCAAAAUUCCACAUCACGAUAAAGACAAGGUCAAAAAGGAUAAAACGACAGGUCGCGGAAGUUGGACUGAAGAUAUUGGAUUUGAUUUGAAUGCAGACUUCAAUAGUAAUUCUUAUCUCAGCAAUGAAUCCUUUUUAUCAUUUUCCCCGGCCCUGACAGUAUUGAAACAGGAGCCUCAAGCCGAUCAAUUGAAGACUAAUAAAAGUCCAUUGAAUACUCAUCCUGUCGUAACUAGUAGUGGUGGACGCGUGCCAAAACUCGAUAAGUCGCCAGCACACAUAGAAACGGUACCAACAACAGAAAAUACACCUAAGAAUGCCUUGAACAACACUAUUUGCGGAUGUGGUUCACCAAAAACCGGCGCACCACAGGAAAUCGAACACAACGGAAACAAUAUUGACAAGUCCAACGCCGGUGCAUCCAACGCAUUCUGUAAUGUUGGCUCACCUUACAGAAUCGGCGAAAACACAAUCGCACAAGGAAAUUCAGCGUCCCAAAAAUUAUCCGAAGUCGAUGGGAGCAAAAUUGAGAACAGUACUGGUCGAGGUGCUGCUAAUGGAAAUAAUACCAAUGCACACUCUGAUGACCACAAAUUUCAGUACAUUUUGGCAGCUGCAACCUCAAUAGCCACCAAGAAUAAUGAAGAAACUCUUACCUAUUUAAACCAGGGACAAAGCUACGAAAUUAAGCUUAAGAAGAUCGGUGAUUUAUCGUUUUAUCGUGAUAAAAUAUUGAAGAGUGUCAUAAAAAUAUGCUUCCAUGAGCGUCGCCUACAAUUUAUGGAACGUGAGCAAAUGCAACAGUGGCAAGCUUCUCGCCCUGGGGAACGGAUUAUUGAAGUAGAUGUUCCACUUUCAUACGGGCUAUGUCAUGUAUCGCAACCGUUAAAUCCAAAUUUCUUGAAUACUGUGGAAAUCUUCUGGGAUCCCUUAAAGGAAGUAGGCGUUUACGUUAAAGUGAACUGCAUUUCAACUGAAUUCACACCCAAAAAACAUGGAGGAGAAAAAGGAGUGCCAUUUCGACUACAAAUUGAAACUUAUAUAGAAUCAACCAACUCUACCGGAGGAACAACGGCAUCAGCAAUAUCGGCUGGUGCUUUAUCAAUUGCAUCUACUUCAGUAUCAGCUGGGAUAGCAGCAGCGUCUAUGCCGUCCGGUACUAAUAUACCAUCGGGGAGCAACCACUCGCUCAUUAGUGGCAAGCAACCGGUACAUGCAGCAGCAUGUCAAAUCAAGGUAUUUAAGCUAAAAGGUGCUGAUCGUAAACAUAAACAGGAUCGCGAGAAAAUUCAAAGGCGCCCUCAAACUGAGCAAGACAAAUUCCAGCCAAGUUAUGAGUGCACAAUUAUGAACGAUAUACCUCUGGAUAUAUUAGCACCCACAACAUCGGGUUGCUUUAGCCCUGAAUAUAUGAAGAUUUGGCCAAAUUCACCGGUACACAUUCCCAAGUACGAUGGCAUAUUGCCGUACACUGGAGGAUCACCUGUUACCAACUCCAGUCCCAUAGCCAUAAAUAGUGUAACUUCAACAAAUUCUCCAACGCUGAAACUAAUGGAAGCUAACAUGGUGUCUCCGCAGCAAUCGGCCACGCCAGACAUGGAUGACUACACAAUCAACAUUUUACCAGAAUCCUCUCCAAGCCAAGUUUCGCAAUGGUUGAGCCACCAUAGAUUGACUUCUUACCUGUCAACCUUUUUACACUUUUCCGGUUCAGACAUAAUGAGGAUGUCUAAAGAGGAUUUGAUUCAAAUAUGUGGGCUGGCCGAUGGAAUUCGCAUGUUCAACAUAUUACGCGCUAAAGCUAUUGCACCGCGUCUUACACUUUAUGUAAGUUUGGAUGGCAAUAGCUACAAUGCCAUAUACUUGCUAUCGAACACAUCAAAGGAGCUAAUGCAGAAAUUGUGCAAAAUGCCUGGAUUCUACGAGAUGAUUGCAAAUGGCAACACAAAUGGUGCAUUAGAAAAUGGCUCGAUUUACAGUAGCUUUAGCAUACACUCGAAAUAUUCCGGCAGUGGUUCGAAUAUUUUCAAUGAUAGCACUAAAAACUUUAUUUUUCUAGCAGGCCCUUCAGGCGUACAUGUAAACGUCACUGACGAGGUAUUGAAUAAUGAGGUGAGAGACGGAAGUCUUUAUGCUCUCGAAGUACAAAAUGGUAAAGUUGUUAUGAAGUUGAUAAACAAAAAUGAUAAUUGAAAGCCCAAUUAGAAUGAACCCUAUAUAUAUAAAUAUAACUGAAUAUUUAUGCAUACCUAUUUUCUUUGACUUGAUUCAACUAAAAAUACAUAGUAAUGUUAAAAAAUACAAUGUUAUCAUAAGCCUUUAUUCUCUAUUAUAUAAAUAUGUACAAUAUUUGUGAAGUUCGAGUGAAAUUAUACGAAUUUCGUUAUUACGAGUACUGCAUAUUAGUUUUUAUAACGUGUUUUGAAAAUUAGCCAUAUUUAACUUCACUUUAUGAAAUGCACUUUUCCUAAGAUAUUUCUUUCCGACGAUCGGUACGUAAAUAAUAUUAUGCACAAUAUAUCAACUUAUUUACAUACAUAUAUGUGCUUUGCAAUUUAUUGUAAGUAUAAUAUUAUAUAUGAGAGUAUGUAUAAAACAUUGUAUAAUUUUUUGCAUGAGUUACCUAUAAGAAAAGUUUAAACUUUAAAUAAAAACGGGCUAUACACUAUCAUCACUUUUAUUGAGACACAAUCACUAACAACCAAAUAUAUUAAAUGUAAAAAACACCAAGAUUAUAAACUUCAUCAAUACAUUUAUGCUGUUGUAGUCAAAACUGUAUGUUCAUACAUACAUACAUAAAUAAAAACAGUCUUAAUUGUGUAUCUAUUAUUAUUUUAAAAUUAAAUAAUAUUAAUACAAUACGUUGAAGAAAUAAACAAACGGUCUGUAAACAA